AUGUCUUCGUCCUCUACUGCCGCAGCAGCCUCACCCCGCCAACUAAAUCCCUCACACAAUUCUCCCAGAACUGGUGGGACAAGACGCCUUGGAAUGCAGACCGCUUCGCCUGCCCGCCGGGCUGCCACUGGCUCUGCAACCCAGACGAUCACCCCGCUCGAAUCUGCCUCGUCGCGAUCAGUAUCUCCCGACCCACUCGUCCUACGCCUCCGUGGCGCCCACGAUGCCUCUGGAAGCAGCACCACACGUGCACAUCGUCGCCGUAUUGCCUGGGCCGAGGACGUGGUUGACAAUGAAGGGAUGGGCCGGAAGUCGAGUAAAGUCUGUUGCAUAUACCACAAGGCAAGAGAAUUCGGGGAAAGCUCUAGCGAGGACGACAGCUCAAGUGACAGUGAUUCCGGCGACAGUGAUGCUGGUGGAAGUGAUGGCCCAGAGGACGGCCGCGCGCGCUUAAGUGGAAAUAGGAGAGGAAGGAAGCAUGACCAUGGCCACCAACAUGGUGACGACUGUGACCACGGGAAGGACAAGGCCGCAAGAAAACCAAGCCCCAAUGCUUACGAGAGGAUGCCGAAAUAUAAUACCAAACGAGAGGAUACAACGAAAAGAUGA